UCUACUCUAUGAUUCAUCUGCUCAGCGCUCACUUUUCGUGAGCCCGACUUUUUUUAUAUAUAGAUAUAUUAUUUUAGGUCUAAGGGAAUGAUUUUUCAUUUUUAUCUGUUAUCAUUAUUCUUUACAAAUUUACAAUUUCACAUUCAAAUUUCAUGCUGAAAUCAUAAUUAUUAACUAUCAACUAACUACAAUCGGACAGUUUAGAUUUUCAAUUUAUUUGUUUUUCAUUAUUCAUUAUAUUGUGUCGCCAUGAAUUCUGCCUCUACAGCUCGAGUAAAAGAGAAGAUUCGUUAUGAUAUAGGUGUCCAUCGUGAGGAAAACAAACAAACACUUUUAGAUUCGAGACGAGGAGUUGUAGUUGAAAAAGACAAUUUAAGUAAAGAAUUGACUAUUGAAGACAUGCAAAAUAUGGCUCUAGAAAUUAAACGUGGAAAACAAAUUACUGUUAAACAAUUAAAACUGUUAGAAAAUGGUUUUUUGAACUACUUGGAAUUUAUUCCACUGUUUUAUAAUGUUCAAGGGGCUGUUGAUUCCUUACUUCGUCUCGCCUCUAGUAAAAAUGAAGAAAUACAGUUAGCAGCAAUUGAAUGUUUUUGUAACAUGGGCUUAGGAGAUAAAAAAGUAUGUUUUAAAUUGACAAAAUUAAUUGCACCAUACUUGAUGAUGUACAUCAAUCAUUUGAAUUUUAAUAUAUCAGCUAUGUCUAUCUGGACGCUUGGGAAUUUGAGUGAUUCUAGUCCAGGUGCAUGUAAAUUACUUCAAAAUCAAAAUUUACUUGGCGCACUGAUUGAUCGCUUAGAAAAUUCAACUUGUGAUCAAGUCAUUUUUGAUACUUUUUAUGCCUUGAAACUUUUUCUUAAAAACUACCUAUACGAUUUACCGAUUGAUGAUUUAAACAAAUUGCUAUAUGUAUGUUAUAAGCGAUUGACUACAUGGAAAUUUUCAUUUUGGAUAGUGUAUCAAAUUUCUUGCCGUCAAGACACUGAUUUGAUAAAUUCUCAAUGUAUGAGACGUUUAUUUCAUGCCUUAACUGAAGAUAUCAUUGAUAUAGAAUGUUUGGUGCCUAUUUUAAGAACAUUUGGUAAUAUUAUAGCUAAGGAUUCAACUAAUCGUUCCGUAAGCUUAUUUCUUGUGGGAUUAUUACAUGAACAAGGACUUAUUAUAAGAGAUAUUUUAAUUAAUAAUAGAGAAAUUGAUUUAAGAGAUGAAUGUGCUUGGUUGUUAGGUAAUACUUUAAAUUCAUUAAAAGCAAAUAAAAUUUUAUUGGCAAACACCGAAAAAUUUGAUGAACUUUGCAGUUAUCUUUUCUUCUAAAUGUUGUAUGUUGUAUGUAUUGCAACAUUUUUAUGAAUAUGAAUUAUAUAUUGAAUUAUUUUUAAACUUUUAACCUAGUUAUUUAAUUAUUUAUA